AUGUGUGGAACAAGGAAAGAGCACUCAACUUAUAAGCAGAACGUAGAACGUCUUCUGGAUCCAUUAUCACGACAUGUGGACAUUACAUUCAAACUCGAAGAAGAGCGUUUUGCCACGAUGCAGCUUCAACUCGUUUAUAUUUUCACCACCUGGAUAGUUCAAAUGAAAGCGGGACACGGAGACGAUGUAUUACCCACAACGAGAGGCACUCCAUUCUACCCUUUCUUUGAGGUGAACUUCUGCAAUAUGUUGCCGGAGUUCGACUACGCUAUUGUGGAUUGCGUUCAUGAAAUGAUCUUCAACCGGACCUUUCUCGGUCAAGUGGACCAUCCGCUAGACUCGGACUACUACAGGAAUAUGGUCAAUAAACGACAUAAGUAG